AUGUCCAAACACUUACCAUUGCUAUAUAAUCCCCUACUAAAUGCCUUGUUUAAUAACCCCCAUCAUAACAAUGCCCCGUUCAAGAAUACUACCGUGGAUUUAAAUAAUCAUAAUGACUUCACUAUCCUUCUACCACCUUCAUAUAUCCUAAAUGAUGCUUAUGAUCCAAGUACUUCAGGUACCACUAAAUCAUUUCUUAGAGACUUGUGUUAUACGAACGAAGAUUUCAUACGAUCACACAUAAUACGAAGUAAUAAUCCAGUGUUAACGCCGAGUGGUAAAACUCAUCUGAUCGUAUACAAUACCUUGAACCAUAAGCAAAUUUUGAUAAAGAAUGGAAUGGUUUUCACUGGAAGGGGAUUUAAAAAGAGUCUUCGAUUGAAUAUACUAGGUGUAGGUCAAUUCCAUUCAUUUUGUGAUUAUUUCCCCAAAGGUAGUAGGUUCAUGAUUAUUUACAUAGAAGAUACUUUGAUAGGAAGUAAUUUCCUAAAUAUGGUGGAUUAUAUUGACCAUAAGUUCCUCCAAGCCCAACCUACUAUCGAGGAUAAACCGAAAGUUUCAGAGACGAAGAAAGAUUACGUUACCUUUGAAAUGCUACUAAGGAGUGUUCCGUUACUUCUGAAACUUGUGUCUGAGAAAUACUAUAAAUUAUUCCAUCACAAUAACCAAGACUUCCAUGACUUAAGAACCCAAACGAGGAAAUCAUUAUCUUUCAUCAAAGAUGAAUUCCAUAGAAUGGUUGACCAAGCAUAUGUGAUAAUUCUGGAGAGUAUAAAAGAAGAUAAUCCUGAAUCUGAGAAGACUUAUCAUCUCAUACAAAAUUUACUCAGCAAUAACCCUGAGAUUGAUUUAAACCGUUUGGUGUAUGAAUAUGUGGAACUUAACCUUUACGAUAAAAUCUGGUCCCAAUUGAUAUUUCAAUUCAAUCAUGAUAAUUCUGAUAAGCAAGAAUUCGAUAAAGAAGCAUUUAAAGUAUUGACUUCUGAGAAGUAUCCUUUACUAUCAUGUGUUUCAUUGAAUCAUCUAGAUAUCCCUGUUUAUGAACCUUGGAAUAUAAAUUUGAUUUUGAAGAGAGUUUCCCUGGCGAUUGAGAUUUUCUCCAAACUUGACGAUAGUUCGGUCAUAAGUCAAUCGUCAAAGAGAGAAGUUUUGAUGCAGACCAUCGAAGUUUUAACGGAACCAACAACAGAGAUUAUUGAUGAAAAAUCUCAAGAUCUUGUUGUAGAUGCAGAUACCUUGGUAGGUAUGUUAAUCAUGGUGAUAAUUCAUUCCAAAGUGGAAAAUCUAGAAGCUCAUUUAUACUAUAUUCGGAAUUUCCAAUCGUCAGAUCAGUCACAGGAUGGAUAUUUCAGCUAUAUAGUCAGUAAUUUGGAUGCUGUGAUCUAUCAUCUAUCAAGUAUGGGUGAAUUUGGGUAUUUGGAGAAUCUUUCUCAACAGAAUUAUGAGUUUUGGGCUGCCAUUCAAAGACAGGACUUAGAAAGUUUAAGAAAAAUGGUUUCUGAAGUUCUAGAGGAAUUUCCUGGCGAGUUGCCUACAAACCAUUUCAUAAAAAGUCGAAAUAUUCAUGGUGAAAGUUGUCUAAUGUUUGCUAUUAAGGCCAAAAAUUUUGAGAUUUUCGAACUUUUAGUAGAUUCGAAUGAUGAUUGGUUUACUGUUGAAGAACUUCUUUUUGAUAAGAAUACCACCACCGGUCAAAAUCUACUCAUGGUAUCUUUAAUUGAAGAAUGUCAUGAAAUUUCACAUAAAUUAGUAGAAAUACUAUUCACCAUGGAAUAUGGUGAGCAAGUUGCUUACUUGAAUCUGACUGAUUUUUUGGGUAGAUCAGUGGGCCAUUAUUUAUUCCAUGAUAUCCAAAUAAUGCAACAGAUAGGUCACUUAGUAGAUUGGGAAUUGAAAGAUACCAAUCACCAUACCCCGCUUUUCAGUACCUGUCGAUGUUAUGAUCAUCAAGACUACACCGCACUUGUUGAAACCGGUUUCAAUUGUUAUUUCCAAAGGUAUAAAACCAUAGACCUCGCAAACCACAUAGAUAAAAAUGGUAAUACUUUAUUGCAUGUAAUCCUAAAGGGCUUGGAUAAAUCUGGGCUUUUAGACCAUGGCGUAGAUGUUAAUCAAUUCAACAACAAGUCCAUGUCCCCAUUGACCAUCUACGUCAAGUAUAAUCGAUUAGCUAAUCUUGAGACGUUACUUCAGUGUGAAACUUUGAAGUUCUUGAAUGAAGAACCUAAGAAUUUCUAUAAUGUGUUUGAUUACCUUAGUUUCCUGGCCAGUAAACCAACUUCUAAUAGUGAAGAUUUCAAGAAAAUACAGUCAUUGGUAUAUAAUUUUGCAUUCGAUAAUUAUUUCCCAUCCAAUCAGCUGUUAAAGAUCCUAGCCACCAAUGGGAGAUACGAUAGUGGAUUGAAAGAAUGGAUAAUAUUCUUCAAAGUCAUGGAUAAUGAUAAUAGAUUCACAGUUUUCCAAAGUUUUAGUAAACUCAAACUGAUAUUUCAAUUAUUCGAGAUGCAGAACCCAUUUAUGGGUUUACCCAGUAAAGAAGAGAUUUGGCUUAAUUACAAUGGUCAACAUCUGGUUCCGUUUUAUUCUAAGUUCAAGAUCAAUAGGUUCAUCACCGAUUUCAAUCAUUAUUUGGUAGCAUUGUCACUAUACUCACCAAACGGAUUGAAGGAUUUUUACACUUUGUUCAAAGACAAUAAUCUGACGUUGGAAAUUAUGAAGCAAUCGAGUAAAGAUCAAGAGUUAGCUAAACGAAAAUUAGGGGAAAUCACCUUAACUAUUCACCAAAUUUCAGAAAUUGAAACUUUCCUUAAUUAUUCCUUGAGUGACUUACAAGCCUACGAUACUAAGUUAACAAAACUACACAAGCUAUUCAUCAUGUAUAAUAUGAAAUCACAAGAUGUGAGAAUUGUACAGGAUAGGUUUUUAGGCAAAUUAUUCACCAGUGAAGUACCAAAUGAUGAAUUCAAAUGGAUAGGCGAAGAAGAAGAGUGUGUGAAUUAUUUGGAAUUAGGCCAAUUUGUAUUAUUUUUACAAUUCUCCAAUAAUCAAAUGACAAAGAAAAUCAAAGAUACUUUGAAGAAACUAGAUAAAUGGAAACAAGUUUAUGGUAGAAUCAAAAGUAUCAAUGAUGAACUUCGUAGAUAUGAGAACAAAAUCCAUGAUAAUCAUAUAACUCCUGUAACUUCACCUGAACUUCAUCGUCGAGAUCUGAAUGAAGGACUUCUUGAUCCUGUAGAAGAACCAGAAAGCCCAAUCGAAUCAUCGUUUUUCACUUUUGGACUUGAGAAUAAAAAACUGAGAUAUAAGAGAUUACUCCUAUUGAAGAACGAUGAGAUCAAAACUAUCAUUAACCUUAAUCUGGAAAUCAAAUACGACCAUGAACUAAUUGCUUCAGAGAUAUCCAACUUCCUCACAUUCAAAGCUAAUUCCAUCCUUUUCAGUUUUAAACAAUUCACUCAAUUGACUAUUCAAGGCUUGAAGUUGCAAAAAAAUCGUGGUGAUGGAAAUUUCCAGAAGUCGCACUCAAAAAAGGAACAUUUUAAUUUAAAUAGGCAGUAA